GCUGUCCAAGUCCAUGACCAGAACGCGUCCGUGGCAUGCAGCUCGGUGCACUCCGACUACCAGCACGACCUGCAGGUGACGUGCCGUUAUGGCCUACUCGGCUUCGAUGCCUCCGCCUGCAUGGGCGUUCCUUGCAGUACCAGUGCAUCGGCGGUUGCCUCGGUUGGAUGGCUGAACGCCACGCUCAGCCCGGACAGCGAGGCAGCUCAUGCCAGUACCUGGACGGUGCUGUGCUACAGCAUCAACACCGAGUUCUCUGGCGACAUCAACUUGCGCUGUAAGGGCGGCACCGUGCUUGUCGACGAAAGCUGCCAGCAAGAAGAGGUGGGGUGCCGACCUACCGGACAGUAUGCCAGCAGCACAGCUGCCGUUGGCAACUACAGCGUGGUACUCGGCCCUUCCUCGGCCGUGGUCUCGGGUGGCACGUGGGAAGUGGACUGCGAGAGCAACACCGAGGGCAACUACUUGGGCAAGAUCACCGUGACGUGCGGUGCCUUGGGCAGCUACACCAGCGUGGACAACCAGUGUGUGGAGAGGCACUGCCCAGCAGGAACCUCCCUGACUGUGUCGAAAGCUGGCUACACGGGCUCCGUGGUCACGUCGGCGGACAUCGCCCACGCUGGCACGGGCACGGCGUCCUGCAGCAACGUGGAUGAGGGCCUGAAGGGCAAUCUUGCCUUGACUUGCGACUGGGGCGUCCUGUCUGUCGACACGUCGGCGUGCGACGUGGUGUGCUUGCCUUCACGACCUGGGCAGGCCUUCAUUGCCGGCAACCCCUUCGACGUUGCGCCGACGCAGGACAUCCUUGACGGGCACAACUUCUCCAUUGCCUGCUUGGACCUCUUGGCGGGCUACAACGGCCAUGUCAUUGGCACAUGCAGUGGCGGCUCGGUCGUUGCAGACUCGAGCAACUGCGUGGGCAUGCCCUGCGAAGCCGGAGAAGGCUUUGCGGUAACGCUCUACGACAAGACCUCCUCGGUCAACUUGACAUCCGACUUGGCCAGCGGCUCCACGGCCACCUUUGCAUGCGCCUCCGUGAACUCCGACUACGGUGGUGACAUCUCCCUGCAUUGCCUGGCAGAUGUUCUGCGCAAGGACCUCAGCGGCUGCGUCUGCCAGGCGCAGGCGUGCAGCACUGCACCCUGCCUGGCCACCGACACCUUCUUCGUGCAGCUGACGGACACGGAGGCUUCCGUGGCCAUCGGGGAGCAGGUGGAGAGCUUGCAGACCAUCAGUCGGACCUGCGAGUCCGUCGCCCCUGGCCACGAUGGCAGCCUCUCAGUUCUCUGCAGUGGAGGCGUCUUGCAUCCGGACCUGUCUCUCUGUACCGAGCGUGGCUGCGAUGCGUCCACGACUGCCGCUGAGUUCAGCGUGGGCGGCAUCACUGCACAUGCGACGGCGUCGCAGGCCGUCGCCCACAACGAGCGCUUCGUUUGGGGCAGCUGCUCCUCCGUGAAUCCCAGCUUCAUCGGGUCCGUGAACGCCACUUGCUACCUUGGCCAACUCCGCGUGGAUCGGAGCGGCUGUGAGCCCAAGCCUUGCGCCGCCGGCACUUCGGGCGACUUCGUGCUGGGAGGGGCCAGCACGCAGCUGGCGGCAACGGCCUUCGUGCCACACUUGGGCGUGACGAGCUUCGACUGCUCGGCCGUGAACCCCGACUUCUAUGGCACCUUCGAGGCAACCUGUGCAUUCGGCAACAUCACAGGGCCAACGUCCACCUGCAUUGAGAACCCCUGCAUCAACGGCACUUCCGUGGAGGCUGUGCUGGGCGGGGUGAUGUCCACGCAGUUCUCCCCGGGCGUCCUACAUGGCGCGACCUGGACAGUUCCAUGCGAGCCGAUCAACUGGGACUACGUCGGCAACAUGCAGAUGAGCUGCUACCGUGGACACGUGCGCGCCGACAACUCCACCUGCAUCCUCGUGGAGCUGGGUUGCCAGCCAUCAGGCCUUGGGGGCAACAUCACCCUGGGCAAUUACACCGUGGACCUGCGGCCCGCUGUGGGCGUGUCCAAGGGCGAGACCUUCCUGGUCGACUGCGCUGCGCAGACGAACCGAAAGUACGUCGGGGAGGUCACAGUGACCUGCGGCCGCCUGGGAAGCUACGCCAGCGUGGAGAACGGUUGCGAGCCCCGCUCCUGUGUGGGAGGUGCAGCGCUGGCCGUGCAGACCCAGUACGUGACUGGGUCGGUGAUGUCUUCUGACAUGGCGCACUUGCAAUCCGACCACGUCAUGUGCGACAACGUCAGCGAGGUGCUCCGAGGUGACAUACACAUCACUUGCGACUAUGGCGACUUCCAGCUGUC